CUCAGACUCAUCACACACAGACAUGAUGAUCCCCAAUCCUCUCCUGGGGUUGCUGUUGCUUUGGCUUUCAGGUGCCAGAUGUGACAUCCAGAUGACCCAGCCUCAAGCCUCCCUUCCUGUGUCUCUGGGAGACAGUGUCACCAUCACAUGCCAGGCCAGUCAAAACAUUUACGGUUAUUUAGCAUGGUAUCAGCAGAAACCAGGGAAUCCUCCCAAGCUCCUGAUCUAUAGUGCAAACAGCUUGGCCGAUGGGGUCCCAACGAGGUUCAGUGGCAGUGGAUCUGGCACACAGUAUUCUCUCAAGAUCAGUGGCUUGAAGUCUGAAGAUGUUGCAACUUAUUACUGUCAACAGUAUAGCAGUUACCCACCCACAGUGAUUCAAGUCAUGACAAAAAUCACCCAAGAAAACAGAAGUGCCAGAUGUGACAUCCAAAUAAACCAGUCUCCAGUCUCCCUUUCUGCAUCUCUGGGUGACAGUGUCACCAUCACAUGCCAGGCCAGUCAAAACAGUUACAGUUAUUUAGCAUGGUAUCAGCAGAAACCAGGGAAUCCUCCCAAGCUCCUGAUCUAUGAUGCAAACAGCUUGGCCAAUGGGAUCCGAGUGAGGUUCAGCGGCAGUGGAUCUGGCACACAGUAUUUUCUCAAAAUCAGUGGCCUGCAGUCUGAAGACGUGCAAAUUAUUACUGUCAACAGCUUAGCAGUUUCCCUCAGUGAUUGA